AUGCGUCUCUUCAACACGACGCUUGUGGUUCUAGCGGCCGUCCUCCUUGCAAGUUGUCCAUCAGUGUCACAGGCCGAUCAAAUCGGUGUGUCGACCGCGGACGGAGUUCACUCCUCGCAUGAUGUCGCCAGCGAGGACAAGCGAUUUCUUCGACGUCACCAAACGGCGGUUGAUAAAGCCGAACUCGACAACGAAGAGAGGAAAUGGGGUUUGUUAUCUGCGAACAGGCUAACGAGAAUGAAGGAUGACGAGCUCUACCGCUUCAAAUCCUUCAAAAAAUGGAAAAACCAUGGAUAUACCGCGGACGACGUCUCCACGGAAGUGCCCCCUAGCCUCUUUGAGCUCUACGCGGCGUUCAGGCGUAUGUAUGGCUAA